CAGACAUACUUGGGGGCAAAGUUCUUCCUUUUUGCGACUGGCACAAAUAACUACACGCGCUCUCGAGCUGCGUUCCCUUUUGCAGCGUUCAAUAACAGAAAAAUGUCCACUCUCAUCAGAAAGAUUAUUAACACCGCCAAAGCACCGGCCGCCAUCGGUCCCUACAGUCAAGCAGUGCUGGUGGACAGGACCUUAUACAUUUCUGGUCAGCUGGGAAUGGAUGUGGCCUCUGGUCAGCUGGUCCAGGGAGGAGUGCAGGCACAGGCCAAACAGGCUCUGGUCAACAUGGGUGAGAUCCUUAAAGCUUCAGGCUGCAACUACAGCAACGUGGUGAAAACGACCGUCCUGCUGGCGGACAUUAAUGACUUUAAUGGCGUCAAUGAAGUCUACAAGACAUUCUUUAGCAGCAACUUCCCAGCCAGAGCUGCCUACCAAGUGGCGGCACUCCCCCGUGGUGGCCUGGUGGAAAUCGAGGCAGUUGCUGUCCUCGGUCCACUCGCUGACUCCUGACUAGGCGGCCAACUUGCAAACAAGUUAUAGUUCAACCAUUCUUUCCAAAAAAUUUUCCAACAAUACGUGAUAGCGUCUGCUUCUAAAUCUGUCUGUUAGCUCACAGAACCGCUUUCAAAACUGGCCCUUUUGAUAGAAAAACCCCACAUAAUGGAAGAAAGCACUUAAUUGCCAGUUGUUCGGAUCGUGGUACAAUCGGUGAGUUACAAGCGAAACAAAUAAUAUUGUAGCGCUGUGCCUUAAGUAGCUUUCAUUCAUGUAAAAAUAGGCAAUAAUCAGGGUAAUGCCAAAUAAAAGAACCUGAGUGACAA